UAGCAGAAGAGGACUGGGGCAGAAGGCACCAUGAGUGGUGGCCCCGUAGGAGGCAGGCCUGGGGGUCGAGGGGGACCAGCAGUUCAGCAAAACAUUCCUUCCAACCUCCUCCAGGACCAUGAGAACCAGCGACUCUUUGAGCUGCUUGGCCGAAAAUGCUGGACACUGGCCACUGCAGUUGUUCAGCUGUACCUGGCACUGCCCCCUGGAGCUGAGCACUGGACCAUGGAACACUGUGGGGCUGUGUGCUUCGUGAAAGACAACCCUCAGAAGUCCUACUUCAUCCGCCUUUAUGGUCUUCAGGCUGGUCGGCUGCUCUGGGAACAGGAGCUGUACUCACAGCUGGUCUACUUCACUCCCACCCCCUUCUUCCACACCUUUGCUGGAGAUGACUGCCAAGUAGGACUGAACUUUGCGGAUGAGAGUGAAGCCCAGGCCUUCCGGUCCUUGGUGCAGGAGAAGAUACAAAAAAGGAAUCAGAGGCAAAGUGGAGAAAGACGCCAGCUGCCACCACCACCAGCACCGACCAAUGAAGAGAGAAGAGGAGGGCUCCCACCUCUGCCCCCGCAUCCAGGUGGAGACCAUGGGGGCCCAUCAGGUCCACUAUCUCUAGGACUUGUGACAGUCGACAUUCAGAACCCUGACAUCACAAGUUCACGAUACCGUGGGCUCCCUGCUCCGGGCCCUGGCCCAGCUGAUAAGAAACGCUCAGGGAAAAAGAAGAUCAGUAAAGCUGAUAUUGGGGCGCCGAGUGGAUUCAAACAUGUCAGCCACGUGGGCUGGGAUCCCCAGAAUGGAUUUGACGUGAACAACCUUGACCCAGAUCUGCGGAGCCUGUUCUCCAGGGCAGGAAUCAGCGAGGCCCAACUCACUGAUGCGGAGACUUCCAAGCUAAUCUAUGACUUCAUUGAGAAUCAGGGUGGGAUAGAGGCUGUCCGGCAGGAGAUGAGGCGCCAGGAGCCACUCCCCCCACCGCCGCCACCUUGCAGAGGAGGAGGGAGCCAACCUCUGCGACCUCCUACUGUGGGGAAUAAUAAGGGUCGUUGUGGUCCACUGCCCCCUGUACCUGUGGGGGGUACCCCCUCCCCACCAACACCCCGGGGGCCACCACCCCCAGGCCGAGGGGGCCCUCCACCACCACCCCCUCCAGCCACAGGACGAUCUGGACCGCCACCUCCUCCACUCCCUGGAGCUGGGGGACCACCAGUGCCACCACCACCACCGCCGCCGCCACCACCACCUCCACCCAGUACUGGGAGUGGGCCAGCCCCUCCCCCGCUCCCACCUACUCCGCCGUCUGCGGGAGGGCCCGCACCUGGUGGGGGCCGGGGCGCACUUUUGGAUCAAAUUCGGCAGGGAAUUCAGCUCAACAAGACCCCUGGAGCUCUAGAGAACUCCGUCCAGCAACCUCCACCUCAGAGGUCAGAGGGCCUCGUGGGUGCCCUGAUGCACGUGAUGCAGAAGAGGAGUAGGGUCAUCCAUUCCUCAGACGAAGGAGAGGAUCAGACCGGCGAGGAUGAAGAGGAUGACGAGUGGGAUGACUAAGGCCACCGUGCUCCUUCCUGAAGGCCGGUCCCUCUAACUCUUCCAUCACUCUGCCUGCUCUACUAUCCAGAUCCCUAUCCACUGACUGUUAGCUUCCAGAUUCAGCUGCGGCUGAGCCUCAUAGCCCCUCUAAACUCAGCAUCCCUUCUUAGACAAAAGAUUUCAGUUCUCAUC